GAUGGUGUUUGGUGUCCGGCUUCACUCCCAAACUGCACCCGGAGGGUUUGCGGGGCAGAGGGGCCUCAGGGCGACGGUUCCCGAACAGACCCAGGCUGCUCCGGUCAGCAGCAGCCCCGCCGCUCUCCCACCUAGCGGGGACCCCCAGCCCCGCCAGCCGCAUCGCUCUGUCCCUCUCAUGUCAGGCAAGCCAGUUCCGGACCGCGUGGCACCAGGAGCCGCCAGGAGCCGGGGCGACCCAGAGGUCUCCAGCGACCUGGCGUCCGGUGAGGACACAGCCCCCAGGAGGGGUUACCCACCGCCGCAGGUGAGCUCCGCCCGGGCACCCCCUCCCCCACCAGCCCUGGAUCCCUGCCGGGCUCCCGGAGCGGAGACUGUGCCUUCUGCAACAGGGCUGUGCUCCAGGUGGGAGAAACAUCCUUUGCUCCCUGCUUUGGGGUCCCUGGGCUCCUUGUAG